CAGUCCGAGCACGUAAUGGAGUGGCUGUGGUUGUUCUGCAUCAUCCAAACCGCAAUGGCUGUCGCCCGCAGUGGACCCCGCAUUGUGGGCGGCAAGGAGACGAGCAUCGCACAGGUGCCGUAUCUGGUGUACCUUCGCCAGGGAGGAUUCUUCGUAUGCGGCGGCUCCCUGCUCUCGACCACCGUCGUGCUCAGUGCGGCCCACUGCGUGUAUGGGGCUCAGCCCGAGGACUACACGGUCCAUGCCGGUGCCAGUCGGUUGGACCAAGCGUCGCCCGUGGUGCGCGGCGUGGCCAGCUUUCACCUCUCGCCCAGCUACUCUUCCACCAAUUUCGACAUGGACGUGGCCCUGCUGCAACUGAGAGAGUCCGUUCCCCUCUCCGCUGGCAGCGUGGCCACCAUUGCUGCCUGCCGCAUGCCGCCGGACAGCAACGCCUAUGCCAGGAUCAGCGGCUGGGGAGUGACGCGCGAGAACAACCGCGAACCCGCCGUCCAGGUUCGUACGGCCAUGGUGCGGAUGCUGCCCGGAGCAGAGUGCCGGCUGUCUUACGCCGGAGUGGCCAAGAUAAGUGAUUCCAUGAUCUGCGCCUCGGUGCGCGGCCUCAGGGACUCGUGCUCGGGCGAUUCGGGCGGUCCGCUCGUGUAUCGCGGUCAGGUGUGCGGCAUUGUCUCCUGGGGAUUUGGCUGCGCCCGCUUGGCCUACCCGGGAGUCUACACCAGUGUGGCCAGUGUCCGUGUGCGCACCUUCAUCGAGAGAACGUUGCAGGAGAUUGGCAGCUAGCCUUGGGGAUUCAACAGAGUAAUGACCCAUAUUGAACUGCAUUCUCAUAUCCCUCCGCCCGAAAAGGUCAGUAAAACUGUGGGAGAUAUGAGAAAGAGUCAGCUCUAGCCGGGCUUCAAUUUCAAUUCGAAUUCCAUUUGGCUGAUGAACUCGUCGCGAUAAUCCAGACAAAAUGGUUUGAUUAAAGUAAUUAUUAUUUGCGCAAUAAAAUA